ACUGUACGCGGGGAGCCGAGUACCCGAGAAGAGGCGGGAUCUGGAGAGUGAGACCGCUGCCAGCCGGAGAGCGGGGCCGCUGGAUCCUUCGAGGCCCGGCUCCGACCCCCCGGACAUUUCCCUCCUUUGGGAUUCAGCUUGACCCCACACCUCCCCCAGACUUCUGAAUGGCUGUUUUCUGAGUCCUGGUAGACUCGAUUGAGCCUGGCACGGACAUGUUUGUUUCCCGGCUUCCUUUCCGAGGCCCCUUCUCGGAAACUAGAGGAAAGGAAUGUUGAAAACGAACGGAGGAAACACGCUUCCACCGUAACCUACCCAGGUAGGAAAAAGGAAAUACGGUUCUGAAUCUUUGGAGGUGCUGAAGGGACUAGACGUCUUUGGAAACAAGAAGUCUGUCUCAGAUGAGAGUGGAGCAUUACAAAUACACCAAGAGCUCCAAAAUGAGGAGAAAACAGAAGGGGGCCUGUUGGAAAUGCCUAAGGAGCCCAAGAAGAAAAAGAGAAAGAAGAUGAUUGCAGAUACAGAAAUUCCUGCUCAAGAAGAUUUUGACACUACCAUACAGUGGACGUCCUCUGUGGAAGCAAAGAUUCAAGAUACAAAAGCCAAAGAUGAAAAGAAACUAACCUCAGGAAAGUUGGAACACCUCAGAAAGGAAAAGAUCAACUUCUUUCGGAACAAACACAAGAUACAUGUCCAAGGAACUGAUCUUCCUGACCCAAUUGCUACAUUUCAACAACUUGAUAAAGAAUAUAAAAUCAGUUCUCGAUUGCUCCAGAACAUUCUAGACGCAGGCUUCCAAGCACCCACGCCAAUUCAGAUGCAAGCCAUUCCAGUUAUGCUGCAUGGUCGGGAACUUCUGGCUUCUGCUCCUACCGGAUCCGGGAAGACUUUGGCUUUUAGCAUUCCCAUUUUAAUGCAUCUGAAACAACCCACAAAUAAAGGCUUUAGAGCCCUGGUUAUAUCCCCCACUCGAGAACUUGCCAGCCAGAUUCAUAGAGAAUUAAUUAAAAUAUCUGAGGGUACAGGAUUCAGGAUACAUAUGAUCCACAAAGCUGCAAUAGCAGCUAAGAAGUUUGGACCUAAAUCAUCUAAGAAGUUUGAUAUUCUUGUGACUACUCCAAAUCGACUGAUCUACUUGUUAAAGCAGGAUCCACCAGGGAUAGACCUAACAAGUGUUGAGUGGCUGGUAGUUGAUGAGUCGGACAAACUGUUUGAAGAUGGAAAAACUGGGUUUAGAGAGCAGCUGGCCUCCAUUUUCCUGGCCUGUACAUCCCACAAAGUCCGAAGAGCAAUGUUCAGCGCAACUUUUGCAUAUGAUGUUGAGCAGUGGUGCAAGCUCAACCUGGACAAUGUCAUUACUGUGUCCAUUGGAGCAAGGAAUUCUGCAGUCGAGACUGUUGAACAGGAGCUUCUCUUUGUUGGUUCUGAGACUGGAAAACUUUUGGCCAUGAGAGAACUUGUUAAAAAGGGUUUCAGUCCACCUGUUCUUGUUUUUGUUCAGUCAAUUGAAAGGGCUAAAGAACUUUUUCAUGAGCUCAUAUAUGAAGGUAUUAAUGUGGACGUCAUUCAUGCAGAAAGAACACAGCAGCAGCGAGAUAACACAGUCCACAGCUUCAGAGCUGGAAAAAUCUGGGUUCUUAUUUGUACAGCCUUGCUUGCAAGAGGGAUUGACUUUAAAGGCGUAAACCUGGUCAUCAAUUAUGAUUUCCCAACCAGCUCAGUGGAAUACAUCCAUAGGAUAGGUCGAACUGGAAGAGCAGGGAAUAGGGGAAAGGCUGUUACAUUUUUUACUGAAGAUGAUAAACCCUUACUAAGAAGUGUUGCCAAUGUUAUCCAGCAGGCUGGUUGUCCUGUGCCUGAAUACAUAAAAGGUUUCCAGAAACUACUAAGCAAACAAAAGAAAAAAAUGAUUAAGAAACCAUUGGAAAGGGAGAGCAUUAGUACAACUCCAAAAUAUUUCUUAGAGCAAGCCAAACAGAAAAAGAUUGCUGGCCAAAACAGCAAGAAGAAAGAAACUCUUAAAGAGAAAAGUUAAAAAUAGCUUCCUUAGAAGGCUGUAUCCACAGUGUAAUUAUGAGCCCAGCAUGAAUUCUCAUGGAAUACUUACAACCAUCUUUACCACAUAUUUAAAUCAACAAGGACGUGAGAGAACCAUAUGGUCCUAAUUUAGCGGUGCAUCAAGCUUCACGCUGUAGGUGGAAUGUAUACAAUGAAAGUAGCCUGCGUUGACACUUCUGCCUGAAUCCAGAGGGAUGCUUCUAAUGGAAGAACAAGAGCCCAUGUUAAACAACACCCGAGUGGGGUGAACUCGUAAGGAUUUUGCCCUUCAAGUCUGAAGGAAAGUGUGAUGCUUGCUGUGGAGCAGCAUCUGGAAGGAGAUUUUAAAAUAAAACCUUGAGUUUGAAGGCACCAUC